CCAUUUUCAUCUCACCAUUUUACAGUUCGACAUCUUCUCCAUUAUACAAACUCUCUUCCAUAUUUGGAACUCUAAUACACUCUGGUGUGAUUUGUAGUGGUUACGUGCUAGUGUGAUCAUGGCUUCAAACAGAUCUUAUUACAUGGUGAUGUUGGUUAUAGCGGUGGCGGUUAUGCUGGCCAGCCUCUGCAGCCGUUCCGCGGUUGGUCACAUGCCGUCGACGGAAGAAGAAGGCCGAGACUUUGAGGAGUUUCAGGACAGGACGGGAAAGGUGAAGGUGGUGGUGGGGGAGGAGAAAGGUGGUAAAGAAGGCACAGAGUCGUGGACUGAAUGGGCCAAGGAGAAAAUUGGGUUGAAGCACGAUGAGCAUGAUGAUGAUAGAAUGACCGAGAAAGCUUCUGAUACUGCCAAGAAGACCAAGGACACUGCCUCUGGAGCAGGGCAAUACACAACAGAGAAGGCCAGAGAGGCGGCAGAGAAGGCGGGCGAGAUGAAAGAUACAGCUGCAGAGAAAGCUGGUAAGACGGAUGGUGCAGUUAAGGAGAAGGCAGGUGAGACUACGGAGUAUGCAAAAGACAAAGCUUAUGAUAUCACGAAUGCAGCAAAGGAGAAAACAUAUGAAACGGCAAAUGCAGCAAAAGAGGAGGCCUAUGACACUGCAAAAGAGGCAAAGGACAAGAGUUUCGGGAUUACAAAUGCAGCUAAAGAGAAGGCCUCUAAGACUGCCGAGAAGACUAAUGACGCAAAGGAAAAGGCGAAACAAGAAGCAGAGGAGUUGAAGGAGAAGGCAUAUGAGACCGCACAUUCGGCAAAGGACAAGGCUUAUGAAGCUGCAAAAACAGGCGAGGACAAGACUUAUGAGACCACGGAGGGAGCUAAAGACAAGGCCUAUGAGGCAGCGAAAGCGGCUAAAGACAAGACUUAUGAGAAAACAAAUGCAGCAAAACAGAAGGCGGCCAAUGCUGCAGAGUGGGCAAAUGAGGCAAAGGAAAGAGCAAAGCAAGAGGCAGAGGAGUUGAGGGAGAAGGCUUAUGAAAUAAAUUCUCAAAACCACAAAGUAGCAAAAGAUAAGGCCGGAAAGGCUGCAGAGAAGGCAGGUGAGGUGAAGGAAAAUGUGAAGGGAAGGGCUCAUGAGACUGCAGAUACGGUAGAAGACAAGACAUAUGAUACCUCAAAAUCUGCUAAAGAAACAGCGUCGAGGACUACAGAGAGAGCUGGUGAGGGUACAGAAAGAGCAAAACAAAAGACACAGGAGGCAAGAGAGGCAACAAAACAGAAGCAGGAAGAAGCAGAGGAGCAUGCAAGUUGGGCUGCCGAGAAAGCAGAGGAGGGUCUUGAAGCGGCAAAGAAGAAAGCUGAGGAGACCGUGAAGUCCGCUAAGGAUACCAUUUCUGAUGCUACUAAGCAACAAUCAGAUAAGAAGAUAAAGAAGACACUAUCUGGCCGAGGACGCGAUGAAGAGCUAUGAACCACAUGAUAGCCACCCCAUGCUGUUGUUUGUAGUCGGAUUCCUGAUUUUACAAGUUUGCUUCUGCUGUACAGCACUGUAGUUGGCUUGUGUUAUUGUGUUUGGUGUUUGUAUGAUUACAGUUUUCCUGAAUUUGUGACAGCUUAAUCUAUCAGUUAUGAUUUUGCAAAUUGGGUUGU